AUGUCAUUAGAAUUACCAAAUGUUAAAUCUAAUCCAAGUGGUUGGGGUCCAAUUACCAAAUUAGAAAAAUUCACCGAUAUCCCAUAUGCCCCAUUCAGCAAAGGUGAUAAAAUUGGUAAAUGCUCUGAUUGGAAUUCAAAUGUCAGAAAUUAUCAACGUCAAAACUAUGGUUCAAAUGUUUUCAAUCCAUUUACAUUUAAAUUAGAAGAUGAUGAAGAUAGUUUCAAAUUAGUCGAUUACACUAGAGUUUCAGCUAAACUUAAGAAUAAAGGUAAAACUUAUCAAAAACAAUUCUAUCAACAAAGCAAAAGAGGUGGUUCAUCAAACAGAGGUGCCGCUCGUGGUAGAGGUGGUAGAUACGCUAAUAAAUAUUGGAAUGACAGAAGACAAAGAAACAGAGAAAGCAGUAUUGAAAUCGGUUCAAGCUGGGAAUCAAAAGAAGAAUUUGAUUUACAAACAUUUAAACAAUAUACUCUCGAAAAUUUACCAGAAUCAGAAACUAUUGGAACAUAUGGUAAAGUUAAAUAUUAUAAUAGAGUUUAUGAUAGAAUUAAUACAAAGAAUGAAAAGAAAUUACAAAAGAGUGAAGUUAAUGUACCAUUAAUCCCAACUAGUGAUGAUAAAGUUAUUAGAAGCGAAUAUAUGAAUGGUAAUGUCUAUGCUACUGACAGUAUUUUAGCAAUUUUAAUGAGUGCUCAAAAAUCUGUUUUCUCAUGGGAUAUUGUUGUUCAAAAAGUUGGUGCUCGUCUCUUCUUUGAAUUAAGACCAGGUACAUCCGAACAAUUAACUGUUAACGAAAAUGUUUCAUCACAUCAAGAUGAAAAAGAUCCAAUCAAUACCUCAGCAUCACUCUCAAGCGAAGCCACCCAAAUUAACCUCAACUAUUGGCAACAAGUUCUUUCAUCCGAUGCUGAACCAGUUGCUUUAGAUAACGAAUUACCAGAAGGUGAAGAAUUUGAAAACACUGUUGAUGUUGGUUAUGCUUACAAGAAAUGGGAUCUCGGUGAUGAUAUUGUUGUUUUAGCUAGAACCGAAAUUGAUGCCGCCAUCGAAGAUGCCUCUGGUGAACCAAAAUUCAUUUCAAUUAAAGCUAUCAAUGAACACGACAGUAACAGAUUUGGUAUUGAGUUUAGAAAGAAAUUAGAUACACAAAGAGCUGCUAUUCUUGCUACCGAAAUUAAAAAUAAUUCAACUAAAUUUGCUAAAUGGUCAAUUCAAUCAACUUUAGCUGGUUGUGAAAUGAUGAAUUUAGGUUUUGUUUCAAGAGAUUCAGUCCGUGACAAUAAUAAUCAUGUUAUUUUAGGUACUCAAUUCUAUCCAGUUGCUGAUUUAAAUAAACAAAAUGGUGUUGAUAUGAAGAACUGUUGGGGUAUCAUUAAACACAUUGCUCAAACCUGUAUGAAAUUAGCCAAUGGUAAAUAUCUUCUCCAUCGUGAUCCAAAUCGUAAUGUUAUCACUCUCUACUCUGUUCCAGAAAAUGCCUUUGAUCAAAUCGAAGAAGAAACUGAAGAAGAAGAAGAAGAAGAACAAAGCAAAGGUUGGGUUGAUGAAUCAAGAGAAUAA